CGCCUGCGCGUGUGCAAACUGUGCAUCCCCCUGCUUCCGCUCUUCGCACGGUGGUCGAAACGGAACGGCCGAGGAAUCGCGAACAUGGGAGUGCUAAUUGAAACCAUCAAGGCGGGGGACGGACAAACGUUUCCCAAGAAGGGGCAGCGCGUCGUGGUGCACUACACUGGAACACUGGAUGACGGGAAAGUGUUUGACUCCUCGAGGGGCCGAGCGAAGCCUUUCAAGUUCAAGAUAGGACACCAGGAGGUCAUCCGUGGCUGGGAAGAAGGAGUCGCUCAGAUGAGCGUAGGUCAGCGAGCCAAGCUGAUCUGCUCGCCGGACUACGCUUACGGCAGCAAGGGCCACCCAGGGGUCAUCCCCCCAAACGCUACGCUCAUCUUCGACGUGGAGUUGCUGGGACUGGAGUAGGGCUGAAGCGUCUUCGCCGCUUUGCCUCGUUCCGUGCAACUUGCCAGGGUCAAAUCCUAUCAUGGGAACAUGGAGGAAAAUCCAGAUGACUCCUGCAUAGGACCUACUAUGUCUAUACCUUCACCUGUCCACUCUCCUUUUCAUAUGCAUACCACUUCCUUCUAGUUUGGACCUUCUACUCAGUCCAACCUCAUCCCAUCCUAGACAUACUGCAAUGUAUUUUCAUGUUUUGUUUGAUUUUUGACAUUUACAUGCUUUUUCUUUGUUCUGAAGUUCUGAAUCAGUUUCAUUCCUCGUGUGGCCUUUCUACAACACUGGUCUUAAUGUGUUUUUUCAAAAGGAAUUGUUUUGACGUGCAGCUGUUUUACGAGUGGCCAUGGCACUUAGUUAACCGGCGACAUGACACAAGGACGUCUCAUCACUUGACAUCCUCAAAUCAAGCACACAAACAGAGUUGCCUACAGCUCUCCACAAUUUUUGCCAGCGACAUUUAUUUAUGAGAGCACGAUGAUUUUAGCGCUCAGACACUCACAGUUGGACGCUUUUUGUCUUGGUUUGCUCUAAAAAAAAAAAAAAAAAAAAUUUAUGUGGGGAAAAUGUACCCCUGCCCCCCGAAAAA